ACAUAUAUUUUAUUUUUUUGACAUUUGUUUGGUCGUUCGGACGUUUUUUUAAAAGUGCAAUUGCAAUGCGUUUCUUAAAGUAUGCGAUUAGUGUAAGUGCCAUAGUGUUGUGCUAUUUACAAAUAGCGAGUUCUGACAGAGAAGCCUUUGAAAUACAAAAAAUAUUCUCCAAGUGCAAGAGAAGCUCGACCGAUUUCGAUGCUUGUGUGAAACGUGCUUUCAACAAGCUUCGACCAUAUUUUAAAAGAGGUGUACCAGAUAUGGGCAUUGCGCCUUUCGAUCCACAUUUUGCGAAAGAAGUAAAACAAAUUCGAUCGAUUUUCGGAAUGGGAUACACGCUGACUCUUCGUGAUGUUUUCGAAAGGGGCUGGUCACAGUCUACCGUGACUAAGUAUAAGACUGAUUGGGCAAAUAAUCGUAUCAUAUACUCGCAAUACUUUCCAGAAAAGUGGCUAGAAGGGAAUUAUGAUUUUAAGGGCGACAUGUUAGGCCUGGAAGUAGAACGCUCCGGUCGCUGGAACCUAACGCUACGCGACUACUCGCAGACCACGCGAAUCAAACGCAAUGGCAGCGGCGUGGACGUCAACGUUGAGGUCGACCACAUCGGCGACAUGGACAUACAUGUCGGAAACUUACUCAGAGGCAGAAGCGUUAUGGAAAUGGUUUUAGACAGUCUGAUAAAUGCAACAUGGAAGCCUGGCUUCGCGGUGAUCCGUCCAUUAAUAAACGACCUCGUAAGCACCGCCUUUACUGACAUCUGGAGCAAAUCCUUCAAAGACUUUCCAGUACAAGAGUUCAUCAAGGAGUAACAUAAAAAAUAACAAUUUUAUUUAGAUGUAUAAGUU